AUGACAACUUCAGUACUAGACGAUGAAAAUGUUCAUGUCAAAGAACUCAAUAGACUGUUUCUAAGUUGCACCAAAAAUGGCGAUACAUACUUGGAUGCAGUUGGUCUACGAGAUUUGUGCAGCAAACUCAAUCUUUCUUCCUUUGCUGAUGUCAUACUUGAACGAAUACUCAGUGGUUGUACAGUUGUCGAUUUUACGAUUUUCAAAGAACGCUUCAUGUACUUGCUGCCAGAUAUUAUCAGCGUUACCACGGUAGCAGAAAAUCUUGAAAGUAAUGCGGAAAAAAAUUUGUCGGAGCUUGGGAUUGAGCCUCAUGGCUUUUUAACUCGAUGCGAGGUCCGUAUUUUGUGUGAACAUACGCCAAAAUUAAACAGUCUUGAGGUAGCUCAGAUCGAUGAGCUUUUUGAUCAGGCGGAUACCAGCCACGUAGAACGCGUCACAUUAGCACAAUUUCUUGCCCAGUAUUAUAUGCAAAAGCGGUUAAGCGAAGAAGUGAAUUUUAUUACAGAAACUUUAGUACCAUCAGUGAAUUUGUUCGAGGCAUUGGAUCCUUCUAACACUGGAACUGUUCGAUGUGAGGAAUUGUUAGAAUAUUGGCGAGCAUGCGGUAUCAGCUUGGAACAGGGUUUAUAUGUUUUGAAGCUUUCCGGCCAACCACUUGAAGGAACAGUCAAUACUAUUUCACUCAGUGGUAGUUUGGAGCGACAAUUAGGUAAUUUAGCGGCCGCACCGACUGCCUCCACAAUAAUUCGAGUUGCCUUGCUUUCACUUCAUGCCUUCAUCGAUCAUAUAAGGUGUUCGCUAAAGGAAGCUGAAUUGCGUGCAGAGCAUUUUUGCAAGCAAUUCCAACAAAUGAACCAGAGACAUGUUCUUCUAAUUGAAGAACUGGAGCAAAAUCAACUCUCCAUUGAACAAGCAUGUGAGCAGCGAUUUAGUAAUUUGGAUGAACGUUAUCGCACGAAGAUAAGUCAAAUAGAGGAACGCUUUUCUCAAGAAAAAAAGGAUUUGUUAACCGAAUUGGAAAAGGCAGAAGAAGAGCUUGCUCAAUUUCGGAAAAAUGAAUCAUCAUAUCGUACUCGUUUGCAACUGCUUGAACGACAGUGCACACGAAUUACGGAAGAAGCGAAGGAAUUAUCUGAAACGAUGCAGCAGUUAGAGCAAAUGAAUCGACACCUGCGCAGCGAACUGAAUAAAGCGUUACAACCGCGGCCAAUGGAAGAAACUCAGCCAACGAUGAUGUUGAGACAUCGCGUUGAAUUACUUAUUGCUCACAACAAGAGAUUGCGGGAAAAAAUAGAAGAAUUAACAAUUAAUGGGAAAAAACGCAAUAAUCGUUUAAAUAUGAUUGAGCCACUUUAUUUUCACUGGACUAGCACGUUUAGAUUGGAAAUAUUGGCGUUAAAAAAGCGCAGGGACGGUAGAUCAUUUGAUACGCCCUCAGAGAUGGAAAGUGAACCGGAGUCAAUCUUUAUAAGAUCCAGAAGACGUCGCAUGCUAAAAGUCAAGGAACGGAAACGUCGGCAUGACCGAAUUGCUAAAGUUAUGGAAAAUUCGUCGUCAAAUGAAUGGGUUGCGAAUAAAAGGAAAGAUAAGGAAAAGGUAUCAGAUGUUGGGUUGAGUAAAAAGCUCAAGCAAGCUUUGUUGGAGGGUUCGCAUGAUAGUAUGGUGGAACAAAUCAAAGAACAACAUCGAAAAGAGAUUGUGGCUUUAAAGCAUUCGGCUGACAAGACUCUUACAUAUAUCAAAAUUUUAUUACAGGAAGAAUUUGAAUGCGAAUUGAGCCGCCUAAAAAUGGUCAUGUCUACGACAUCUGACGACUCACGAUUAUUUACUCGUGGCCUUUGGCAGUAUAAUGGCGAAAGCAGUGCUCUUGAAGGUAUGAAAAACAUUCAAACGCAUAGUUCAGUGCAAUCUCUGCCCAACGUUAAACUACCAAAAUUCAGUGGUCUGAUGGAGGAAUUCCGGGAAAAUGGUAAUUCAUGUAAUAUGUUUAAUCAGAGUAACGAUAUUGAUAAGUUGAAUAUAGAGAAGAUAUCGUCACCACCAAAAACGUUUUGCAAGAAUGUUUGGAUGGUACAUGGCAAAUGUUCUCAUUAUGAAAUGAUAAGGACAAAGUUAAAGCAGAUUCAUGCGGCAGUAACAGGUGACAACAAUACCGUCGAGAGUGGCUUUGAGGAUGUUAUCUCUAGUGCUGACAGCGUAGCUGAAGGACAGGCACAUUUGAAGAACGAAAUCAAAAAACUAAGCAGUCGACUUUGUUCUGCUCGUGAAAAAAUCAUCGAAUUGCGUGCUUACUUUGCAAGGUGCUCUUCUGGUUGUGUGGAGAGCUUUGAAAGUUGGAAAAUUGGACAACCAAGUAACGAUUGCUUGGGUACUGAAAGUACGUGGAUAGCUAAUGAUAAUAGUAACAUUUCGAGGAUUGAACAACUUAAAGCGGAGAAUGUUUUGCUUAAUGCGCGAUUAGCAGAAUCAACAGAAUUGGUGAAAAUGUUGGUUCGAGAAUAUAGUGAUCAGUUGAAUAGAACAUCACGUUUAGGGAGAUUUAUCCGUUCCAUCUACUCUAUUAACGGUGAAUAA